AUGGGAGCAUCCGUUCUGAUCGAGCCGUCACCGCCAAUUUCUCAGUCAAGGACUGACCUCUCACUUGACGACGAAGACACUGAGGAGAUUAUUGCUACCCCUGUAGCGCAAGAACUGGCUAGCCACAGCAAAAAGAUCGCCGCCAACGCAGCUCCCACUUCCCCUCCACCCAAAAAGAUGGCUGCCUUGCCUGCCCCAGAUCAAUCGACCCAUGAAAAUAUCGAGCUCCUGUUUUUACGGAAUAAGGAUGCCGAUUUUAAAUUAUCCUACGCUAAAGCGGAAGGAAGGGAACUUGAAAGUAUAACAUCCAAAUAUAAGACGGGUAAUGCGAUUUGGGAUUACUUCGAAACAGUUUGGAACGAUGAGGCGUAUUUUGAAAAAUUUGUUGAAGAAUGUCUGGAAGAGUACUCGAAAAUAACUGGUAUUGCUGACAAAACCAAACUGAAGGACAUGCAUGAUACUUUAUACGACCAUGGCGAGUCAUUGCUGGAGCGUUUAAAAUAUGCAUCACUAGCUCUAGCAAGGCAGAAACGAGCGCAGCAUGAUUUUAUUACAACUCUCUCACUGGUAAACCAAAAUGCUAACCACUACAAACUGCUGCGUGUGGACCGUGGAGCUAGCCUCGAUGAUAUAAAACGGUCUCGUCGACAGCUGGUUGUAAAGGUCCAUCCCGAUAAAAACAAUGGUGACGAAGACGCCGCAAGAUGCACACAGGCUCUCAACGAGGCUUUUGAAACUUUGAGCGAUCCGGUGAAACGAAAGGCGUACACAGAGACGCUUGGGCCAGUUGAAGACGUUAUAAUGGCAAACGAUGAAGACUUUGCGAGUAAUGCUAGCGGAGAGGAAAGUGAGGAUGAGGUGAUGCGAGAAGUCCCACCUCGUUCCGAAAGUAUAAGAACCCUCCACGCUGAAGCAGCACGGGGGGUCCAGGCAUAUUUUCAACUCAAAGAGAACCAAGAUAAGAAUCGAGAGAAAGCCUCCAAGUACAUUGAAAAGAUCAAUCAACAAAUCAAGGAGGAGAAUGAGAAAUCGGGCAACGAGCCCAACGACUACCAGGUGGACCUCGAAGAGCUGAGAGGGCUCAACUUUGUGCGAGAGCAUAUAUUAUCAAAGAAGUCAUUUUAUCCAAUCGAGAAGAAAAGGGAGCUUCUUGAAAUGCUUCAUACUUCCUAUCUCGAAGUUGCACAAAAAAGGAAUCACCAAUGGCCUGAUAAUUGGUUCAAUUAUAUACAAGCACCUGUUCUGAAGAAGCUGCCUCAGCUUGAAGCUGCGGAGAGUCCUGGUGCUUUAGAGACAAGUGAACAGGGCGAUACAGGCGAGGAUAAGGCACCAGACGACAGGGCGAAUCCCAUAUCAACAAAGACUGAAAAUCAGAUGUUUCAGUUUCAUACCGAGGAACAGAUUCUGGGUCAUAUUCCUGAGGCUGGAAUAAGUAAUAAACGGAUUUUCGUCAAGAUUGAUGGUGAAAACCCACUGGCGAUUGCGAGCCCUUGGCAAUUCCGAGCAGAGGACAUGGACAGGUACCCAGUCAGCGGACGUGCUAAUGAUCUCAGCAAAAGAUAUAGAACGUUUCAUGAGGCCUUUAGCCACAUAGUAGGAAUUGUGUAUGACUACCAGCGCAAAAAUACCUGGAUUUGGGGCGCCUCUCAGCAACAAAAGAGCAAAUUCGAUGAACUUAUGGCUAAUGGACACACUGGCGAUAUCUGGUCUCAAGUUUUAGAUGAGACCAAGGCUAAGAUCAUGCCCCGAACAGAUUUUAGGAUAUGGGUCGGGGAUAAACAUCAAGCUGACAAGCUUUGUGAGAAUUUCUAUAUAGAGCGCGAAGAGAUACCACCCUGGGGCCGGGACCAAGAGCGAGAAGCAAACAUGCAAAGCAGGAAAAAUGCACCCCAACUGCAAUAUCCGCUACCAAAGAGGAAACGAAAAGCCAAGGCACCCUUCGAGACUAUUUAUACCGAGAGCCAGCUUGCGAAACAAGACGGGCUACAGGACAUGGCGAGCCCACAGCAGCAGGAGAGAGAGGACUUUAGCAAGAUGUUGGAGUUUGCAUUUGAGCAUGCCAUGGAGAAACAAACGGCACUCAUUACUUCCACCGUGACUAGCACAGUGAUCCAGGCCCUUAGAGACCUGAAGAUACUAGAGGCAGAGGAAGAAGAAGAGCGCUAA